AUGCUGCUACAAUUGCUGGUUUUGUUUGUGGCUUUUGCCAUUGGUGGAGCAGAAGAUCCCUACAGAUUCUUUACAUGGAAUGUUACAUAUGGUGAUAUCUACCCACUCGGAGUUCGCCAACAGGGUAUUUUGAUAAAUGGGCAAUUCCCAGGACCAGACAUUUACUCUGUCACCAAUGACAAUAUCAUUAUCAACGUGUUCAACAGCUUAGAUGAGCCUUUUCUCAUCUCCUGGAAUGGGAUCCAAAACAGGAGGAAUUCAUAUGAAGAUGGAGUAUAUGGGACAACAUGCCCAAUUCCUCCAGGGAAGAAUUUUACGUACAUACUUCAAAUGAAAGAUCAAAUUGGGAGUUUCUUUUACUUUCCAUCACUUGGAUUCCACAAGGCUGCUGGUGGUUUUGGGGGCAUCAGAAUACUCAGCAGGCCUAGAAUUCCAGUUCCUUUUCCUGAUCCUGCUGAUGACUAUACUAUCCUCAUUGGAGACUGGUAUCAAGCUAAUCACACGGACCUGAGGGCGAUUCUUGAUGGGGGCAAGAAAUUGCCUUUUCCCGACGGAGUUCUUAUAAAUGGUCGUGGUCUAAAUGGUGCCUUUUUCACCGUCGAACAAGGAAAAACUUACCGGCUUAGGAUAUCAAACAUUGGACUGCAAAAUUCACUCAACUUCCGGAUUCAAGGACAUAAGAUGACAGUGGUUGAAGUUGAAGGAACACACACUGUCCAAACUACCUACUCGUCCCUUGAUGUUCAUCUUGGCCAAUCCUACUCUGUUCUGGUAACAGCAGAUCAGUCUCCCCAGGACUACUACAUUGUUGCGUCCACUCGUUUCACUACGCCCAUCCUAACUACCACGGGCGUUCUUCAUUAUGCUAAUUCAAAUAGUCCCGUCUCUGGACCACCACCUGGUGGACCGACCAUUGAGAUCGAUUGGUCUUUAAACCAGGCUCGCUCCAUCAGGACGAAUCUUACGGCAAGUGGACCGAGACCGAACCCACAAGGAUCAUACCACUACGGUAUGAUCAACACAACGAGAACUAUCAGGCUCUCGAGUUCAGCAGGUCAGGUCAAUGGCAAGCAGAGAUAUGCAGUGAACAGUGUUUCAUUUGUACCAGCUGACACUCCUUUAAAGCUUGCUGACUACUUCAAAAUUGAUGGAGUUUUUCGUGUUGGGAGCAUAUCUGACGCUCCUACUGGUGGAGGAAUAUACCUUGACACGUCGGUCAUGCAUGCUGACUACAGGUCUUUCAUCGAAAUUGUUUUCGAAAACAAUGAGGACAUCAUUCAGAGCUAUCACCUCAGUGGCUACUCCUUUUUCGUAGUAGGAAUGGACGGAGGGCAAUGGACUCCGGCUAGUAGGGAUCAAUACAAUCUUCGUGAUGCAGUCUCACGAUGUACUACUCAGGUAUAUCCCAAUUCAUGGACUGCAAUUUAUGUGGCACUUGACAAUGUGGGAAUGUGGAACUUGAGGUCGGAGUUUUGGGCUCGACAGUACCUCGGACAACAAUUUUACUUGAGAGUUUACACGACGUCUACUUCUUUCCGGGAUGAAUAUCCCAUCCCAAAGAAUGCACUUGUUUGUGGUAGGGCUAGUGGCCGUAGGACACGUCCCCUUUAA